AUGUCGACCGAGCGUUCGCUGCCUACUCUGCCGGCCCCAGUUUCUCCCGGGCUCAACUAUUCUCCAUCUAUGAAACAUGAUCCAAACUUGAAACCCAAUCCCCAUCCCUAUGCUGUCAAGACGACUACCACCGCACUGCUUACCCGAUCCAACUCUACCGGAUACAACGUGAAUGCUGCACAUCAUUUUUACGUACCGCUGUCUCCCAAAGCCAACUACAGUCCAGAGGGCAGGAAAGGCCACAGGGCGUCAAAGUCCGUGAAUGUUGUCACUGAGUCUCCCAGUCGUUCUCUGCGUCCACUUCCCAUACCCCCAUCGCUUACCAACCAUGACACUCCAACAACUGAAGAACACGGCAGUGCUAGUCCGCCAGAACAUCGUAAGAAACGCGCGGAGACGCUGCCAACAUACCCCGUCGAUGAAGAGCAGCAAAGCUCUGUGCCUAUGGAAGACUUCCCCUCCAAUCCGAAAGUUUGGACACCUUCCCAGCUAUCCACCUAUCUCGUCAUGGCGCUCCGAGUGACAUCACGGGGGAAACCAGGCGAGUCUGAACCUGUGGUCCUUCCCCUUCGAGUCGCCAAAGAUAUCGCCGCCUUUGCCAAGGCAAAGAUGAUCAGCGGGCGCACGUUCCUAAGGCUUGCAGAGGCCGACUUGGAGGAAAUGGGUAUGAACAAGAAGUGGCGCGAAGCCAUUCUAUCAGCAUCCCAUGAUCUCCGCCAGAACGUCCUGAAGGGCCGCAUCUGGGGACCCGAGGCGUCUCCGAACUCAUCUCCUGACACGGCAUUCUUCUCGCGACCGUCAUACAACUCCUCGGGGAGCUCACUUGAGCUAUCUGCGGAUGAGGGUGAGAAUGGAGACGGUGCAUCUCGCUUGCGACGUUCCCGGAGCGGAAGAGUGAUUCGGAUGGUGGCAUCCUUCGAGCGGACCGGCAGCUUCAGCUCGAAUGACAGCUUUGAUGACAGUCCUGACAAAGAGAACGACUCGAUCAGAAGUGAAGAACCUGCUGGCGAGCCAUUGCUCCAAAUCCAAAGCUCCGUCGAGCAGCCGUCUGUGCCUGGUGACUUGCCGGAGAAACUCGCAGAAGACGGUGAGCCAAGCAUAGAGGCGCUUCUGAUGGCAUCCGGGUCUCAAGAGCUUGUCGAGGGCCCUUGGGGAGCCCGCGCGUGGGAAGAGCUCGAUCUCGAACCUGGAGUAACCGUAAAGCGGAUCUCGGACCUCGGGCCAUCGGACCAAGCGGAUGAGAUGCAGAGAACGGUUCUUGGUGUUAACAGAAGCGGCAGCCGGCGGGAUAAGGGAGAGAGGAGAGUAGUCACCGCCGUCUUUACCCCCGCCGAGUCUCACAAUACCCUCGAAAUAUGCGACAGCGCGGGGACGCUCGUGAUUGCGGAGGAUUGCACCGAACAUCCGCUGAUGGGCCCUCACACGGAAUCCCAGGCUUUCUAUGAUCAGGAGGAACGUCUUGAGAAUGAGCUCGCAGCUACUCGAGCCCUUCUCGAAACUUUCCGCUCGCGCCUUGAAGUUGUCGAACAGAAGGUGACCGAUCUGGAGUGUCUGGAAGAGGAGCGUGAACGCUCGCGUGCGAUGGAACCGUUGCCGAACGGCUGCGCUAUCACCUCAACGUCAGGGCUCCAGCAGGAACGCGACCAAGCACUUCUUGUAACAGCUCCCGAAUAUGAUUCGGCUACAACCCAGCGCUUGUUGCCAGCGAACCUACGAAGCCUCGAUCUCAUCCGCAGUGCAAUUUCUGGUCCCUCGGAUGCUACGCGUAACGACGACGACGAUGAGGAUGGUACCGACCCAUCUUCCCUCGUUGGUUUAUCGUCCUAUGUGCUACUGGUCGGCUUUGGUGUCUGCGCAGUUGUUCUUCGCGUGGUUUUCAGACGGAUUGCAGGCAGAAAUUCCUUGAGUGGAUGGAAGAAGUAG